GGCUUAUUAUAUUAUUACAUUACUAAUACUAACCAUAACAUCAACAAAUUGCCAGGUUACGUUUAGAUUAACACUCUCGUUGAUAAGAACAGUAAAAUAGAAGUUAAAUAGAAGUAGGAUUCGCGUAUGCAGUACUAGGCGAAUAUACAAGUCGUUCAAUUUAACACGAUAGGAAACGGUUCCUUGACACUUGAUAAAUUGAUAAGCCUGAACCACAUUAACUUAUGCCAUACUCGGCGACUGGGAAAAAGUACUUUUGGGGAGUUUUGCUUCAAACUCAAUUGGAUUGAAUUAUCUAACGAAUAAUGACAUGUGACAAGGUUGCAAGUGCAAGUGAUCUACAUAACUUAGCUUUGCCCGAUAAAGAGACGUUCCUCUCUCCACCAGUCUCCCAGUUAUUAAAUGAUAGUGGUACCAGAUCAGGGCUUUCAUUCAGUUUGCAGAGAUAUUUAGUGCCUAGUGGUAGCAACGACGAGCAGAAUUACAACUUUUACUAUUGCUGUGAGUGCGAUAUAUAUAAAUUAGAAAGAGGUUCUAUAGUCAACGGAGAAGAAGAUGGUACAGAUUGGCAGAAGGCCACUUGCAACAGUUUACCUAUAGAGAGCAGUGAUCACCUCAACCAUGUAAUAUGUCAGAACAUAAUAAACUGGGAUGCUAUUUAUCGGCUUAUUGGAGACAUCCCAGUAGAAACCAUGGGAUUCGAGAAGCACAGCAGCAUUGUGCAGAAGCUUGUUCCUGUGAUGGAGUGCAGUGAGCAGGUUCUCACUGCCAUGUCACCCAGUGUAUUUCGGAUGAGCCACAUGAGCAAGCUUGGUUGGACAGGCCAGCCUGAGGUUAUAGUGGACUGCUUCGAGAUGCUACAGAAGGGAGCUGGAUACCACACACUCUCUAUGCUUUUAUUGACCGCGGUUCUAGAGAGAGCUCUUGGAAAUGUUUACCUACUCAGAGGAGUGCAGUGUCCUUCACUUCUGAAUACCCUGCUCUCUACACCAGAGCUUGUUCACACAUUUGGACAAUUUCAGAUGAGUAUCUUGAAGGUAUUGAUGGGUCCACCCACAUCUCUCAACCUGAGAAAUAUCACUUGGCAUGGCUUUGCUGGGCCUCAGGAAAUACCGUUGAGGUGUGUAGCAUUCCUGAUUCUCAUCAUCGUAUCGCUGGGAGAGGUCAUCGGUGAUGUAGAAAUUCCUCAGAGGCCAUACAUAGCAUACCCACAUGUGAGCAUGUACCAGGGUGUUCUCCCAGCUAUUUCGCACGUAAAUUGCCAACCCGACCUGUGGAAAAGACUUGUUCACUCCAGCUGCUUUGUUACACCGACAUUUAAACCAUACUGGGAGCUCGCAUUACAUUUAUUGCAGCAUGGAAGACAUGGAUACGGGUUGGCACUGUUGCUGCCACAGCUGGAACAUGGUCUUAGGAGGGUGUUCACUACCGUUAAUAAAUGUCAGGAACGCAUGCUGACCGCAGAGAACACGGUGCUUUUCACAACAUUUGAUGAGAUGCUCUUGCCUCAGCUGGCUGAUGGACGAGAGAACAAGCUGAUGUCAGCUAUAGGAGAAUCGUACAUGAUGGUGCUCUUUGACCUGCUGGUGCACACUGACGGCCCGCGUAUUCGCGAUAAACUCAGCCACGGCGAGAUCAACUUCUCCAGCCUGCCGCUGGUCCUAUUCGAUCAUGUCAGCGCCCUCUGUCUUGCGUUCUGCUCUGCCUGCCUGCCUUCUGAUGCUCCGUUGAGGACGGAGAAUGGAGUCUACCGGCUACUGGCGGCUAUAAAAGGCUACGAGUCGAUAUUCCAUCCGAGAUCGGCACUCGUGCGACAGAUCAAGGACUGUUCUGGGUCACUAUCCACCUGGUCAGAGCUCUGCGUUCCAGACGACCGCGUGUUUGAUGGAAUCCGUUGCUCGUGGAGUAACGUGUCCGCCACAGAGCCUCUGUUCCGUCCUGCAUGCCAAGCAGCUCUCAGCAUUACGCAGAUGUCAUCGACUUUCUGCGAUGGAGGCCUGGAUAAGUUCGUGUUGCCGUUCGAGCAUAUUGUCAAGCAGACACAGCACCUCUUGCAAGGGAUGACAGGCAGCACCCUCUACAGGCCAAAAGCGGAGUUGGAGCUCAUUGGCCUGCUACGUUGCAUCGUGCAGAAUUGCACGGCUCUGUCAGAGCAACUACAGAAUGGCCUGAAUCUCAGGUUUCGGCAGUUACAGGAAAAGGAACUUCGCUCGCGACAGCGUGCGACCUACCAGAGGGCGCUGGAGAGCAUAACGUCUAUCGGUGUGGGGACAAGGCUCGCCCUGGUGGUCGUCUGCUACGUUCUUGACACGUUGGAGCACCGCACGGCGGCCGACGAUCGCCACAAAACAGCGAGGUGUCUAAAGAGAACGUUGCAGUACGUUGAGAACCUGCGCUCGAUGACCCAUCCAACACGCAACCGCUGGAUGGAAACCCGCGCACUCACUGAAGCCUUCAUCCACAGCUUCCUAAUCCACGAUCCAGCGCCGAUCUCAGGGUUAAAAUCCUUACCCUAGCAUUGAAAACCUCGUCUCCGUAUUAAGCUCCCUUUGUUACCUCCGCCAAGAGGUUGGCAGGAGGUGAUGUUUUCACCGGCGUGUGUUUGUUCAGCGAGUGUUUGU